CUUGUAUCCUAUCCAACAAUCAGCCCCAAACCAUGAGUUGUCCCAUGGCAAUGGAUUGGCCCGAACCAAUUGUCCGUGUCCAAUCUUUGUCGGAAAUGGGGUUCUCCUCCAUCCCCACCAGAUACAUUAAGGCCUCCGCCGAUCGACCGUCGUUAACUGCCGCCGGCCACACUACCGGCGGCGACGUCACCAACAUCCCUAUAAUAGACUUGGAACCAUUGUUACUUUCAUCAUCACACGUUGACGGCGGCGGCUGCACGGCGGCGGAUACAGCGGAAGUGCAUGCACAGGUAUCGGCCGCCUGCCGGAGCUGGGGUUUUUUUCAGGUGGUGAACCACGGGGUGAGGCCGGAGCUGAUGGACCGGGCGAGGGAAGUGUGGCGGGAGUUCUUCCACCUGCCUAUGGAAGUAAAGCAGCCGUACGCCAACUCGCCGGCGACGUACGAGGGGUACGGUAGCCGCAUCGGGGUGGAGAAAGGGGCGCUUCUUGAUUGGAGCGAUUAUUUUUUCCUUCAAUGCCUUCCUUAUUCCUUGAAGGACCAUACCAAAUGGCCGUCCCUCCCUUCUUCUAUAAGGGAAGUAAUCGAAGAAUACUCAGAACAAAUGGUGAAAUUGUGUGGGCAGUUGAUGAAAAUACUAUCGAGAAAUCUAGGAGUAAAGGAAGAAGUUUUACAAGAUGCCUUUGGGGGUGAAAAUAUUGGAACUUGUCUAAGAGCCAACUUUUACCCAAAAUGCCCCUCACCUGGCCUAACCCUUGGACUCUCGUCUCAUUCGGAUCCGGGUGGGCUGACUAUUCUCUUGCCGGACCAGCAAGUCUCCGGCCUUCAAGUCCGACAAAAGAGUGAAUGGAUCACCGUCAAACCAGCUAGGCACGCUUUCAUCGUCAACAUUGGUGACCAAAUUCAGGUUUUGAGCAAUGCUAUUUAUAAAAGUGUUGAGCAUAGAGUGAUUGUGAAUUCUGAGGAAGAACGUGUAUCUUUGGCCUAUUUUUACAAUCCCAAAAGCGAUUUGGUGAUAAAACCGGUGGAGGAAAUAGUGACACCCGAAAAUCCAGCAUUGUAUCCGCCGAUGACCUACGCUGAAUACCGACUUUACAUGAGGUCCAAGGGUCUCAAAGGCAAAUCACAACUACAAGAAUCAUCAUCAAAGUCUGUUGCUUAAUAUUUAAUCAACUAUAAUUAAUUUCACCUUAGCAGACGUAUAUAUAAUUCUGUUGGUAUGUGUAAUACGGAGUAUGCAUCAUUUAGAACUAUUUUAUUAGUGUAAUUUAAGAUGUUAUAUAAAUCAUGUUAUAAUAAUGCAAGAUGUUAUUUAUUACUA